AUUGUUGCCAGUUGAAAAACACCUCUGCACUAGAAUGGUUGAAUUUUUCGUAAGAGAACUUCUAUAGCGUUUUUCAGAACUCAACUUUUUUUCUACCCAAGAGUGUACGAACGAACGUCAUAUCCUCAGUAAUAAGAGAAAAUCUAAGUGAUCAAGUUGAAAACGGGUCUGCCUAUUUACCGGAAAACACUUAUAGAACACUGUAAAACACAUAUAGGAGGCUUAAAUCUACCGGAAUACACCCUGCAUUGAUGAGAUAACAGCUCAAGUCGCUGUAUUUUGGCAUAAACAAACAACUUCGUGGCCACGAGAUUUGACCUCCGCUGGACUUGGGAGUCAGAGACCAGACCUAAAAUGGCGGCUGAGGAACUGAAGUUCCUGUUGGUACUUGUAGCGGUUGUGUCUCCGUGUUUUGCUGACUGUGAGCCGUCAAGCCUGCAGCUGUCAGCGGCUGACUCCCCGACAUGUACCGACACGGCCCAGGAUCUCACAAAACUCCUGCAGAAAACACAGGAACAACAGCAGAAACUACAGGACCUGAAGUCGCGCAGCACGACAGACAACACCAUGUUAGGAAAGGAGCAGGGCGAACAGACUGACCGUGGGCGUGAGUCCGGCCAGACUGUGAGAGAACAUGACAUGAAGGUACAGACUAUCCUGGUGGAGACAGGACGACUUAAGGAACUCUUUAGCUCCAGCGAGCCUCAGUAUGAUCAACUUCAACACCACAUGGAGGAAAUGAAGAAGUUGGUUCUGAACCUAGAGACUGGAGGGGUUUUACCCCUGGAUGGCACUAUUGGAAGGAAUGCUGGGGGGCCUGAGGCUGAGGCUACUCAACAACAUGCAGGAAAACCUAAAGACUGUUCAGAUGUGAAGAGACAGGACCAGGCUAGUCCAGAUGGAGUGUACAGUAUAACUGUAGCUGGGGAGGACAGACGUGUGUACUGUGACAUGACUACAUCAGGGGGAGGCUGGACUGUCAUACAGAGGAGGAUAAACGGUGGAGAGAACUUCUUCAGAACCUGGGCUGACUACAGGUCAGGUUUUGGCCUGCCGACCACAGAGUACUGGCUGGGGAAUGACCUGCUGCACCAGCUGACAGCCGGCCAGGAUUACAGCCUGUAUGUGCAGCUGGAGGACCAGGCAGGGGAGAAGGCGUUCGCUCAAUAUGACUCCUUCAAGGUAGGGAGUGCAGAAGAGAAGUACAGGUUGAGUGUAUCUGGGUACAAUGGUACAGCCGGGGACGCCAUGGACAGACAUGACCAGCAGUACUUCAGCACUAGUGACAUGGACAAUGAUGGAAAUGCUGCCAUCAACUGUGCUCAAGGCUACAGAGGUGGCUGGUGGUACUACCGUGGCUGUGUCCAGACUAACCUGAACGGACUGUACCAAGGCUCAGGGAACCUGGGGAGGGGGGUGACCUGGCUGCCGUGGAGGGGCAGCCUCAGUCUGAGGCGCACAGAGAUGAAGAUUAGACCUAAGGACUUUGUAGUGUAGAUUAUGGGAC